GCGGCGGUCGCGGCGGUGGAGGAUCCGCGCGGGGCGCCGGCCGCGAGAAGAAGAAGGGCAAGAGCCCCGACGAGGCUUCAGCCGCGGCGAUGGCGGGAGAUCCCGGUGGCGGCGGCGGAGGAGCGGGGAAGUCCCGGAAAUUCAAUCUGAAGCGGGUGAUGGCUGAUGAGCUUGAGAGAUUCACCAGUAUGAGGAUAAAAAAGGAGAAGGAAAAGCCCAGUACAGCGCAUAGGAACUCUUCUGCUUCCUAUUCAGAUGUUUCUGGCUCAGGUCAGAUGCUGCAGGAGAUCUCUGAUGAGGAUGUGCUGGCCCUCUUUGAACAAAUGCUGGUGGAUAUGAAUCUAAAUGAGGAAAAGCAACAGCCUCUAAGAGAGAAGGACAUUGGCAUCAAGAGAGAAAUGGUCUCUCAGUACUUGCACACUUCAAAAGCGGGCAUGAGUCAAAAAGAGAGUUCCAAAUCUCCUGUGAUGUACAUCCAGGAACUGAAAUCUGGUCUCAGAGAUGCACAACUGCUCAACUGUUUGGAAUCUCUGCGUGUGUCACUUAACAAUAAUCCUGUGAGCUGGGUACAGAAUUUUGGAGCUGAAGGCCUGAACUGCUUGUUGGACAUAUUGAAAGGAUUUCAUGGAGAGAAGGAUGAGGCUUCUGGGCCAUAUGACACUCGGAUUGAACAUGAGAUCAUUAGGUGCUUAAAAGCCUUCAUGAACAAUAAGUUUGGCAUUAAGACAAUGCUUGAAACAGAGGAGGGAAUUCUGCUUUUGGCAAGAGCCGUUGAUCCCAAAGUCCCUUCCAUGAUGAUUGAUGCUCUCAGACUGCUCUCUGCACUCUGCAUUCUGCCUCAGCCUGUGGAUAUGUAUGAGCAAGUUCUAGGGGCACUGACAGAACGAGCAGAAAUGGAUGAAGUGGAACGCUUUAAACCUAUCUUGGACGGCCUGAGGAGUGGCACCUCAGUAGCCUUAAAGGUGGCCUGUCUACAGUUGAUCAACGCCCUGAUCACUCCAGCAGAUGAGCUUGACUUCAGAGUUCACAUCCGCAGUGAACUGAUGCGUUCUGGACUGCAGCAGAUCCUCAAGGAGCUUCGUGCUCAAGACAAUGAAGAGCUAACAGUGCAACUCCAGGUGUUUGAAGAAUGUGGUGAAGAAGAUUCUGCAGAUCUCAGAGGUCGACUAGAGGACAUUCGUAUAGAAAUGGACGACUUCAAUGAAGUCUUCCAGAUUCUCCUCAACACUGUAAAGGAUUCGAAGGCAGAGCAGCAUUUUCUCUCUAUUCUGCAGCACCUCUUGCUAAUUCGCAAUGAUUAUGAGGCCAGGCCUCAGUAUUUCAAGCUGAUUGAUGAGUGCAUUUCACAGAUAGUCCUUCACAAGAAUGGUGCUGAUCCAGAUUUCAAGUGCAAGCAUCUUGACUUCAAUAUUGAGGGCCUAAUAGAUAACCUGGUCGAUCAAACUAAGGUGGCAAGAAGUGAAGCUAAAGCCAUAGAACUGGAAAAGAAGCUGGAUUCUGAGCUGACUGCACGCCAUGAACUACAAGUUGAAAUGAAAAAGAAGGAAAGUGACUUUGAGCAGAAAAUCCAAGAUUUACUUCAAGAAAAAGAAACCAUGGAAGUUGAAAAACAACAGGUUACCACAGAGAAGCAAAAUCUUGAAACUGCUAACUCGCAGCUGGUUGAUGAGAUUGUGGUACUGACAAAGGAAUGUGAAGAUAUGAAGAAGAAAAUAGAACACAUUGCCUCUUCAUCUGAAGGACAGCCAGCACCUCCUCCUCCCCCUCUUCCUGUGCCUCCACCUCCUCCACCACCGCCUCCACUUCCUGGAGCAACAAGCAUGCCACCUCCUCCGCCACCUCUUCCAGGAGGAACAGGAGUGCCUCCACCACCACCUCCACCACCUCCUCUUCCUGGGAUGCCAGGAAUGCCACCACCACCACCACCUCCUCUUCCUGGGAUGCGAGGAAUAGCUCCUCCACCACCACCACCACCUCCUCCUCUUCCUGGGGUGCCAGGAGGGAGCAACAGCAUGCCACCUCCUCCGCCACCUCUUCCAGGAGGAACAGGAGUGCCUCCACCACCACCUCCACCACCUCCUCUUCCUGGGAUGCCAGGAAUGCCACCGCCUCCACCUCCUCUUCCUGGGAUGCCAGGAAUGCCACCACCUCCACCUCCUCUGCCUGGGGUAGCACCACCUCCACCGCCACCCCUUGGUGGGCCUGGGGUGCCACCUCCCCCUAUGCCACCUGGAUUUGGUGCUAUUGCAGCUCCAGCUCUUCCAUUUGGAUUGACUCCAAAGAAACUUUACAAGCCAGAAGUUCAGCUGCGGAGAACUAACUGGUCCAAGAUUACAGCUCAGCAACUGUCUGAAGACUGUUUCUGGGUCAAAGCGAAGGAGGAUCGUUUUGAGAAUGAGGAGCUCUUUGCCAAGCUAACUCUUACCUUCUCAACUGCACAAACCAAAUCCAGGGCAAAGAAACAGCCGGCGAAUGAAGAGGAGAAGGGCCAAGCCAAGAAGAAGGUCAAGGAGUUGCGAGUGCUGGAUUCGAAGAAUGCACAAAACCUUUCAAUUUUUUUGGGCUCCUUCCGCAUGCCUUAUGAAGAAAUAAAAAAUGCCAUCCUGGAGGUGAAUGAAGCUGUGUUGACUGAGUCCAUGGUACAGAACCUCAUUAAAUUAAUGCCAGAACCAGACAAAUUGAAGAUGAUAGCAGAAUUGAAGGGAGAAUAUAGUGAACUAGCUGAGCCUGAGCAGUUUGGAGUUGUGAUUAGUUCAGUUCCCCGUCUGAUGUCCCGCCUUAGUGCCAUCCUCUUCAAGCUACAGUUUAAUGAGCAGGUGGAAAACAUCAAGCCAGAGAUCGUUGCUGUGACUGCAGCCUGUGAGGAGGUCCGCAAGAGUGAGAGCUUUUCCAACCUACUCUCCAUCAUCCUCCUGGUGGGCAAUUACAUGAAUUCUGGCUCCAUGAACGCUGGUGCCUUUGGAUUCAAUAUCAGUUUCCUCUGCAAGCUCCGAGACACAAAGUCAGCUGACCAGAAGAUGACUUUGCUGCACUUCUUGGCUGAAACGUGUGAGCUGCAGUAUCCUGAAGUGCUGACGUUUCCUGAUGAACUCAUCCAUGUAGAGAAGGCUUGCCAAGUUUCUGCUGAAAAUUUACGGAAGAGUCUGGACCUAAUGAAGAAACAGAUCUCGGAUGUGCAGCGUGAUGUUGACAAUUUCCCCAGCACCACAGAAGAGAAGGAUAAAUUUGUAGAGAAAAUGACUAGCUUUGUUAAGGAUGCGCAAGAGCAAUACGAAAAGCUACGGAUGAUGCACUCAAACAUGGAAAACCUCUAUAAGGAGUUAGGACAAUACUUCCUGUUUGACACCAAUAAAACAUCUGUUGAAGAGUUCUUCACUGAUCUGCACAACUUCAGAAAUAUGUUUAUACAAGCUGUGAAGGACAACCAGAAGCGGAAAGAGACAGAAGAGAAGAUGCGCAGAGCUAAACUAGCCAAAGAAAAGGCAGAGAAAGAACGACAAGAAAAGCAACAGAAGAGAGAGCAACUGAUCGACAUGAAUGCAGAGGGAGAUGAAACUGGAGUUAUGGAUAGUCUGAUGGAGGCCUUACAGUCAGGAGCAGCCUUCCGUAGAAAACGAGGACCACGCCAAGCAAAUAGAAAAAUUGGCUGUGCUGUCACCUCAUUGCUAGCUUCAGAGCUGACCAGGGAAGAUGCUCUGGGUGGAAGCAAGCUAAGAAAGGACAACGAUGGGGGAGGAGUCCCUGUUGAAGAAGCUCCUGAUGAAACCACCAAGGGGUUAAGCAGCCGCCAGAACUAGACUUCAGUGCCAGGCUAGGACUAAAACCUUGGACAAGAGGCAUUUUACAGAGGAAUCAGAACAACACUGAGUCACUUUGCAAUCAUUUUUAAAUUUUCCUUUAUUUUUCAUGGGCAUGGGAAAUAAAGCAAUCAAUUCUGCCUUGCCCCUUUUAGGACUGUUUUGCAACAUCUUUGAGCCUUUUGUUAUCCCGUACAUCUCAUCUUGAAUCUGCCAUCUGCCUUUCUCAAAUCAGAGCUUUUGGCUGAGCGUGAAUGGUACUUGGAGCAAAGGGGACAGACAGAUGCUGCGUUAAGCACCCCUCCCCCUGCAGGCAGGUGUGGAUGGUAUGGCAUCUCAAGAGGGGGAAAGAAGCCCAGAAGGAAAGUCUGAAGGUCAACCCAUCUUCUUGCACUGAUGUUGCCAAAGCAAGAAUGCAGCAAACUGCCUUAACCAGGACCUUUUCAGCCAGCAUUUUAUUGGGGCAGCCUGGGCUGUUGGCACAUCCCUGCCCCUCUGAAAAAGCCAGCUUGCAGCAGUGCUGGAGCUGGUUCUCCCCAGCACUCUUCUGUGGGAGGAAACCCUGGAUCAGACAUCUUAGCUGGAUUCAUAUUUUUCCCCCCUUCAUCUCAUCUACUGUGCAGCGCAGCUUUCUCCUUUUCCCACUUGUGGCCUAAUACUGGAAAAGAAAAUGUCUUUGGGAUCGCUGUGUUGCUGUGGUGGCAGGGCUGUGCUGAGUGUUAGGGAGAAGGUUCUCUUUCUGUUCUCUCAUCUGCGUUGAGAUGAUUUUGCUGCUUGGCUGUGCUGCUAUUCCUCCCUUUUUUUUAACAGGAAUUCUUUCUGCCACUGUAAAAAAUGACGCUCUCAGUGAACUCUUGAGAAACAGUGUGGCUUGUAUUCUGACAGUUAGCUGGAGGGGCAGUGUGCUGCAUCUGCUUCUGCAGGCUUUUGAGCCAAGAGGAAUAACUGGUGGUUCUGCACUGCUCAGCUUCAAGGCAGAGGUGGCACAUAUCUCCCCGAGUCUGAGUGAAAAGUGCUAACUGCAGGUCCAAAGGAAUGAAUUAUGGGUUUGUGGUUUUCUGCUGUGUACUGUCCAUGCUGGACUCACUACUGGAAGAAUAUGUACAUUUAUUGUUAUGUGGCAACAUCCCUUGUGUGACUUCAGCACAGGGUCUGGAAGCUGCCCCUUAAGCUUCAAAUAAACUUGGGCCCCUUUGCUUUUGCAGCUGUCGUGCCAUGCAAGCCAACAUAUCUAACCUCCCAGUGGUGGUGAUGGUGGGAAACCAGUAAGGUUUCUCAGAGUGGGAAGCCACUUUGCAAAUGUGUCUAUUUUUCUAUAAGAUUUUGUUUUAGUGAAAAUAAGAUGAAAACACCUGAAAUACGCGCAUGUUCCUGAAAUUCCUUUCUUGCACUUCUUUGAACCCACGAACAUCAUUUCCCUCAGGCAUUGGGUAGAAGCAUCUUGGUCCCCCUCCCAAGUAGGAUUUUUUUUCACUUGGGAACCUCUGUAUAACUUAAUGAAACCUUAUUUGCAUUGCCAUGGGCAAAGAAACUGCUCGGGUCAUAGGAGAACUGGGAGAUAUAUGGACUCCAGCAGCAGAAUCCCUGUUUCAUGGUCAGUAAGGGUGGCACAGUUUGUAACUCAGUCCUGCCUCUCCUGUCAUGAUAGCAUAGAUGUGCAGUAUUGCCCCUGCAGAAAAGGGGGCCUGAGUAGUGCCAUCUCUCCCAGCAAUGUAUUCUGGCUGUAUGUCAUUCUCCUUUUUUUUUUUUUAAUUUGAGUCUUGGACUAUCAGGACUGCAUUGGCUAAUCUCAGCAGUUGCCACCCAUUUGCUGAAACAGAUUUUGAAACUGAAUGUGGUCUUAGAGCAGUGGAGUGCAGAAUGAGCUGUACAUGAUUCUCUUGCCUGUGAGCUUUUAAGACUGGCUGGCCACUUUAAUGUCCAACAUAGUGACAGAAUUAACACACACACACACAUAUCUAUCCAAAACUGGAGGGUUCUCAGUCGUCACAGGUAAAUUAUGACAACCUCAGAUAAAUGUUGACAUCUGAAAACUUGGAGCACAUAAAUGUGAGUGUUGGCUUUUCUGUGUCUCUCUCCCCAAAUUGAAGAAAUCUGUAUCUGAUUGUUGACAUUCAUAAAGUAUGUUUUGUAUUUUGCUGGCAUUCAUGUGCAGGCAUUUGCGAAGGUUUAAAUAUUCACUUUAAUGGCUAGAACACCACACAUGCAUAAAAGCCUUCAGAUAUCUAGGUCACAGUGUGGAUAGGGCAGAGCAGGAAAACAGGAGUUAUGUUCCCCACCUCUCCUGCUUUCCAGAUUAGCACACACAACACUACACCACACGUUUUUUUCCCUGAGUGACAGUCAGAACCCUUGAUCCAAAGAAACACUUGUGAAACUAGUUUGACAAGCCCUGGGAAGAUUUGAACUCAUUUUUAAAACAUCACCCACUGAAAUGUGAAUUUUGAAACUCCAUUGUUUUGAAAUGCAUUUGGAAUUGCACACAGUUUCUCAUGCUCUUCCAAGAAAGCAUUCCACAAAGCUAAGACAAUAUUUUGGGUGAGUCAGAUUCUCCAGAUCAUAGCCAGAAUUAGUAGCAUUGCCAGA